AGUCGCCGUGUUCGUUUUUUUAACCCUCUUGAGGCCUCAAUACUCAGUACUCAGUAAUCAGUGUUUAGUUCUCGUCGAUAUAAUGAAGAAACCUAGGUGGUACGUUGUGGUUGUGGGCUCGGAGCCAGGUAUAUAUACGACAUGGAUAGAAUGUCGCGGGAAAAUCAAACAUUGUCCACGCCAGGCUGUUUAUGAAAGCUUCGACACAUACGAGGAAGCUCUUAGAGCGUACCACGGAGCCUUGCAAAGGGGUGAAGUGGAGGUUGUCCUAGAAAAUGCAGGCGCCGUGUCAGCUUCAGCCACGAGAGUCAAGUACGAGAUGGAUGGUCAUAUCUUCCAGCCAGUGGCUCCGAGCCGAGUGGACAGCGUUACCGGUGCUCGCGCCGUGCAGUCGCGCCAGGCACUGUGGGAUGAUAUGUCCUUACUGCACUCUCCAAGCCAAACGUUGCCACCGUCACCAUCAACAGGGGUGACUCAGUACGUGGACCUGGAAGGCAAUUCUCUCCUUCAACCACCCAGAGGAUUGUCACCACGAGUCGCUGUGGAGGAUACAUCCUACACAUCUUCUUGGGUAAAUGAAGUGUCACCGUUUCUGUCGACAUCACGCCCUGCUCAUAUCAGAAGGGUUGAAGCUUCCCCUACGUCAUCCAUGAUGUCUGCGGAGGAAACAUCAUCCCCUCGAGCUCUACGUCGACAAAGGACUGUUCCUGCAUCGUUCGAGAUGGGAGCGCGAUAUCCCACUCUCGAAGAGAUUCACAAAGGUCAGGGCUUGGAUCCUCGCAUCAUGCUUCCACCUUCGAGGGUAUUUGAUCCGGCAAAUAUAAAACCUCGUCCAGGGGCUAUUUCACCUCGCAGAAAGAACAGUCAGAUGGAUGCAGAACCAACGAACCCUCGUGAUUCUACAACACGAGAUUGUCUGCCAGCCGUCAGUUGUCCAGAAGACGACGGACAGUCCGCUUCCUCUCUUCCACGACGCCGAGUUGCCAACAAAGGGAAGAGUAGAGCACUCGCAGAUGCCGCAGCUGAAGCACUGUCCCUCAUCCGGUCAGUGUUCCCUCCAAUAAUCGACACUCGUUCUCAGAGUAUUCAUACCAUAUUCAAGAAGUCUACUCGGCUGAUAGGCCUGAACGGUGUGGCCUUGUUGUCGUACACUGUCCACCAGGGAACGGCUUGCCGCCACGGGCACUGUGAAAGUGCGUCUGCUUGUGCCGCAGUAAAGAAUGACGGGGUUCAAUCGCGCUACGUUGAUGCUGGAGUUUCUCCCAUUUUACCAAGUGUGAGCUCGGCUCGCGAGACAGCAAACACACGGGGUCCCGUAGCGCGGGUCUCUGAUGCCUCAAGUGGGCAGGAAUUCCAUUCUUUCUUAGGAAUUUCCUGCACCCCUCAACUUCCGCACAGGGGUUAUCCUGUCGACUCGGAUGUUCGUUCUCCAUUUGCACCAGGGACGAGGGUUCCAUCGCGGCUGUCCGAGCUGUCGAUAUUCGGGCGACCA